AUGACGGAGAGGCUGGUCACGUGCUUCCUCUUCUUUGGGAAUUUCAGCCUGCAGUUCUGCUGGAACACCUACGUGCUAGUCUUCUAUUGCUCAUCGCUGGAAGAAAUUGCCUUCCACAGGAAGUCGGCAGAUUUUCUCUGGAUGCUUGUUUGUGGGGCAGGCAUGCUCCUGGUCCUCACAUACUUCUUCGGAAACACGUACUUCGUCAGUGGGGCGAUGAUUGACCUCAUGACCUACAUCUGGGGGAGGAGGAACUCAGCUGCUCGCAUGCAGGUGUUAUUCUUCAACUUCCGUGCCCCGUACUUGCCCUGGGUUCUGGCUUGGAUCUCGCUUCUUAUGGGUGGGAGCGUCCAGGACCACCUAAUGGGCAUCGCUGUGGGCCACACAUAUUACUUCUUUGAGGAUGUAUAUCCGCUCCUCCCGACCUCCAAGGGCUUCCGCAUCUUUCGCACGCCCCGUGUGCUAAAGCUG